GUUAAAAGCAAAUCCAGGCUAGCCCCACUGUUUGGCAUCGCUGACCGGGUGCAACUUCCAGCGUGUCUGAGAUGUGGGGGCCGGUGGUGUCAAAACUUUGAAGAGUAAUGGAUUACUUUGUUAAUGACUCAAGGCGUCAGAUUGAGGUGCUUAAAUGAUUUGUGAGGUGCAAAGCGCUUGCCUGACAGUCCCAAACAAUGAGAGAGGAGCGUGCUUGGAGGAGAAGGGGCAGGAAGGAGCCCACCCGACGGAGGAGCUCGGCGGCGGCGGCAGCAGCAGCACACAACUACCACAAGGCAACCACAAACACACACUCGCACCCAGAUAUCCGUCCAGAUUAGGAGGCGAGAGGGGAGAGAGAGAGAGAAAGAACUGGGCAGAUAGCCGCCUCCCCACCCACCCCCCUUUAAAAAGUGUAAAUAAUGGCUUUCUGGCCCCCAAUGAGGCGUUCCUUCUCGACUUUUUUGGAUCAAUCAAACAGACAGUGGCUUCUUUUGAUUAAAGCCCAAAUUGUCAUUGGGCAGAGGCAAUCAUGUGACAGCCAAUUCGGUCCAAUUUCAACCUUGUCUCCAUGAAUUCAAUAGUUUAAUAGUAGCACGGUCCCCAUACGGCUGUAAUCAGUGAAUUAGAAAAAAAACACCCCACCAGCGAUCUUCUAUGAUAUUUUUUUUCCUUUUCUCUCUCUCUCCCUCUUCCUUUCUCUCCCUCUCUCGCUCCCCCCCCCCCUUUCCUGGGCCUUGCUCCCCCCUCCCCCUCCCAGAAGCGCUAAAUAAGAGGGAACUUUUUCUCCAAGGGGGCUGCGAGUUGAAGGCCAUGAAUUUCGAAUUUGAGCGAGAGAUUGGUUUUAUCAAUAGCCAGCCAUCGCUCGCUGAGUGCCUGACAUCUUUUCCCCCUGUCGGUGAUACAUUUCAAAGUUCAUCAAUCAAGAACUCGACGCUUUCACACUCGACACUGAUUCCUCCUCCUUUUGAGCAGACCAUCCCCAGCCUGAACCCAGGCAACCACCCUCGCCACAGCAGCAGCGGCCGCCCCAAGCACAGCCCCAAUGGCAGCAGCGGCAGCCCUGUGCCAGCCGGCGCUCUCCAGCCUCCGGAGUACCCCUGGAUGAAGGAGAAAAAAGCCUCCAAGAAAUCUGCCCUGCCGCCGCCGUCUUCGGCCUCCGCCACUGGACCAGCUUGCCUGAGCCACAAAGAAUCUCUUGAAAUCCCUGAUAAUGGUAACGGUGGUUCUAGGAGGCUGAGGACUGCUUACACUAACACGCAGCUUUUGGAGCUGGAAAAGGAAUUUCAUUUCAACAAGUACCUCUGCAGACCAAGAAGGGUGGAGAUAGCCGCCCUCCUGGAUCUGACCGAGAGGCAAGUCAAAGUCUGGUUUCAAAACCGAAGGAUGAAGCACAAGAGACAGACCCAAUGCAAGGAGAACCAGAACGUGGACGGGAAAUUCAAAGGUUUAGAGGACUCGGAGAAAGCCGAAGAAGAAGAGGAGGAGGAGGAGGAGGAAGAGGAGGAGGAGAAAUCCCUCUUCGAGCAAGCCCUCAACAAUGUCUCAGGCGCUCUUCUGGAAAGGGAAGGCUACACUUUUCAACAGAACGCCCUGGCACAGCAGCAGGUUCCGUCUGUCCACAAUGGAGACUCCCAAAGUUUCCCAGUUUCGCCUUUAACCAGCAAUGAGAAAAAUUUGAAACAUUUUCAGCACCAGUCACCCACUGUUCCCAACUGCCUGUCAACAAUGGCCCAGAACUGUGCAGCCGGCCUGAACAAUGACAGCCCAGAGGCCCUGGACGUCCCUUCUUUGCAGGACUUCAGCGUUUUCUCCGCAGAUUCCUGCCUACAGCUCUCCGAUGCCGUCUCCCCCAGUCUGCCAGGAUCCCUCGACAGUCCUGUAGAUAUUUCAGCUGACAGCUUUGACUUUUUUACAGAUACACUCACCACAAUUGACUUGCAGCAUCUGAAUUACUGAGAAAGGACAGACCUGCGCUCGCCAAGGGUUAUGCUAUCUUUCUUUCCUUUCUUUCCCCCCUCUUUUUGGGGGGAGGGGAAAAAGAGCGAGGGAAAAGAUGGUUCGAUUUAAUAUCUUUCCCUUUUCCUGGUCAGUAUUUUCUUUUUUAUUCUUUCCCUUUUUGAUAUAUAAUGUGUUGGAGAGCCAUUUUUGCCGUUUUUCUAUGACUUCCCUUUUUUUUUUAGUUGUGUUCAAUAUAACCUAGUCACAUUCUAGGUCCUCCUGUGAAAGCAAUAUAUAAGGCCUGCAAGAAAGUGAUCGUAUCGAACUCUCUCUUCACUUUCUUUUUAUUUUUGUAUGACAUUAGGAUGCGUUGUCAUAAGUAUUUUUGGUAGAAUAAAUUCUUGUUUGCUACAA